AUGGUUCCUUACUAAAAUUUAAAAACAUACUCCGUAAAUCCCAAAUAAUCCCUAAGUUGGCUUGUCUCCCCAUCAACUAGGUUUUUUUUUCUAACCCGUAUCUGGAUUCUCGAGUCGGCCUGUCCUUCUCUCGUCUCCCUCCUCCUUCCCUCGCACUGUGUUAAAGCAGCAGCGAGGUUGAAGAUUCUGGAAUGGGAACUGAAGCUGGCUGGUUCAUUCUUGGUCAAGAUCAACAACUGAUUGGCCCUUAUACAACUGCUGAGUUAAGAGAGCAUUAUUCAAAUGGGUAUCUUGUGGAGAACACCCUUGUGUGGUCGGAAGGGUGGAAUGAGUGGCAACCGCUCUCUUCAAUUCCUGGGCUGUUGACGGACCUACCUAAACUCAGCGCUGGUUCUCCAAAUGGUGUGGUCUCUGUUAACGAUGAAGAUGAGUUUGAAAAGUUUCAAAAGGAGAUCAAACAGGCUGAAGCUGAGGCUGAACAAGAGAUCAAUGGUGAUAUAGAGAGGCCUUCCACCCCACCCGAGGGAGAAGAGGAAUUCAUUGAUGAUGAUGGUACACAAUAUAAGUGGGACAAGGUUAUUAGGGCUUGGGUUCCUCAGGAAACUGCAUCUGAAAGCAAUAUGUAUGGUAUGGAAGACAUGGUUUAUGUGAAAGAGGAUGAAGUCUUUCCAACACUAGAAGCGGGUGAUUUUUCCGAAAUAGAAGUUGAUGCGAAUGGAAAAGUGGGCACCUCUACUGCUACUAAUGCUACUACUGCUGCAGAGGAUAGCAAAGAAUUUAAUGAAAGUAAGGAAAGAAACAAUAGCAAGAGAAAACUGCCUGAGGAAACUUCUGAGAAGAAGGAAGCCAACAAACCCCCUGAUAGCUGGUUUGAAUUAAAAGUAAAUACUCAUGUAUAUGUGACAGGAUUGCCAGAAGACGUUACCGUUGAGGAGAUUGUUGAAGUCUUUUCCAAGUGUGGAAUCAUAAAAGAGGACGUGGAUACAAAAAAGCACAGAGUGAAGAUUUAUUUUGAUAAAGAAACUGGAAGGAAAAAGGGUGAUGCUCUGGUUACAUAUAUGAAGGAAGCUUCUGUUGAACUUGCCAUCAAGAUUCUGGAUGGGGCACCACUGCGGCCUGGUGACAAGAUUCUUAUGUCAGUUACACGAGCUAAGUUUGAACAGAAAGGAGAUAAAUUCAUAACCAAGCAAAUAGACAAGCAAAAAAAGAGGAAGCUUCAAAAAGUUGAACAUAAGAUGCUUGGUUGGGGUGGUCGGGAUGAUGAAAAAGUGUCAAUUCCAACCACUGUUGUUCUUCGUCAUAUGUUUUCACCAGCUGAGCUAAGGGCAGAUGAGAGUUUGCUGCCUGAGUUGAAGGAAGAUGUUAAGGAGGAGUGUGCAAAACUAGGACCUGUUGAUUCAAUCAAGGUAUGUGAGAAUCAUCCACAAGGAGUUAUUUUGAUCAGAUUCAAAGACAGGAAGGAUGCCCGGAAAUGCAUCGAGUUGAUGAACGGCCGAUGGUUUGGUGGGAGACAGGUACAUGCGAGUGAGGACGACGGUUCUGUGAACCACUCUCUGGUGAGAGAUUGGGAAGGGGAAGCUGAGCGGUUGGAGAAGUUUGGGGCUGAGCUAGAAACUGAUGAUGCCCACUCCAGUAAAAUCUGACUCUCCCAUGUAAAAUUUCAAAUUUACCGUUUUACUGUUGGAAUGCUCCUGUUUAACCGAUUGUGUAUGUUACACUCACCCCUAGUCCAUAUGUGGAAUAUGAUAGAAGAGAUUAUAUAUGGGCAUCUUUACAAAAAUCACUAAGAGUAUUUUUAGUUGGGUUUGGUCUAUUGAAGUCCAGU